AUGGCAUUAUUGGACUGGAUUUUUGGCAAGCAGGUUACCCCUCAAGAAAGACUUAGAAAAAAUCAGCGUGCAUUAGAUAGAACACAAAGGGAAUUAGAAAGAGAGAAGAUAAAGCUACAAAAUCAAGAAAAAAAAUUGACCUCAGAUAUCAAAAAAUCUGCCAAGUUAGGCCAAAUAAAUGCAGCAAAAAUUCAAGCACGAGAUUUGGUGCGCACAAAAAAAUAUAUCGACAAGUUUGAUAUGAUGCAAACAAGAUUACAAGCAAUAACAUUAAGAAUACAAGCGGUUAGAAGUACUGACCAAAUGGCUUCCUCCAUGAGGGAGGCAACAGGUUUGCUUUCUUUAAUGAAUAGAUCUUUAAAUCUUCCUCAACUACAACGCAUAACCAUGGAAUUUGAAAAGCAAAACGACAUUAUGGAUCAAAGACAGGAAAUGAUAGAUGAAUCUAUAGAUGAUGUUAUGGAUGCUGAUGAACUAGAUGAAGAAGAGGAGGAGGCAGAUGAAAUUGUUAAUAAAGUCUUGGAUGAAAUCGGUGUGGAUUUGAAUACUAAAUUAACAACGGCUCCACAAGACACUUUAGAACCGGCUUCCUCUUCAGCAGUAAAUGAAAAAGCUUUACAACCGCUCUCUGCUUCUGGGAACAUUGCACCAACUACUAACGUCGAUGAUGAUUUGCAAGCUCGACUAGAUAGUUUGAAGAGAUAA